AUGGCUACUAUAAUAAAUUUAGAGGUUUUGAAUACUAAACAGUUGCAAAAUACUCAGAAUUUCAAUCAUAAAAACGAAAAUAAAUUCGAAUCCCAACCAGAUUAUCAUUCUAAAGAAAAGCUUAAGGGGACUAAUACACUAUUCUGCCUCCAGCCUAGGGGCAGAUCACCCGCGGAACCUCUCUGUGAAUCCCUUGCAACCACCUCCCCUUUGCCAAUAAAUGAAAAAUGCUGUGAGCUGCUCAAAGAAAGUCACAGUGGUAGUGGAAGGAGGUCAACCUAUGUUUGGCACUCGUUGCCUCCUUCGCUGUUGCACAAAUCCAAUAAAUGGAUUCCUUCUUCCGAAGAUGCAUUCAGCUUGGCGAAUAUUGAUGAUGGUAAUGAUUGCUAUUAUGAGGACGAAGAAGAGCAUUUUGAAUUUCCAAAAGAAGCUACAGUAUCGGCGACUCUGGGGUGUUCUAGUUCAAUAGUUACAGAAAAAGACGAUUCCCCAUCAAGUCUUGCAGCAGGUAUCAGAAGUAAUGAUACCAAGAAUAUUCCCAAAAUUUUUCUUACAAAGGAGCCAUUAUAUGGCAAAUAA